AUGGCUCCAGACACCCUUUCCCUCGCCGGGAAAGUCGCUAUUGUCACGGGUUCAGGCAAAGAGAAUGGCAUCGGAGCUGGUAUUGCUUAUGCUCUUGCGCGCAAUGGUGCUUCAGUCGUGAUCAACCAUGUAUCUGAGGCCACGGGCCCUCGAGCAGCAGAGGUGGUCAAGAAGAUUGAAGCAGCUGGGGGUAAAGCUGCUGUCGUCCAGGCCGACGUAACCAAUCCUGCAGGUGCUAGCACCCUGGUGCAAGGAGCAUUGAAGGCUUUUCAGGCGGAAAAGAUUGAUAUCCUCGUGAACAACGCCGGCGGGGGCGCGACAGGUCCUGCUCUGCAAGCCACCGAGGAGGACGUGCUACGAACCUUCGGGGUGAACGUGUUUGCGUCGCUAUAUAUGACGCAAGCGGUCGUUCCCGUCAUGCCUCGUGGCGGCCGCAUUGUCAACAUUGGCUCGAUCGCGUCCAAGAUGGGGAUGGCGCCGAUACCGUUGUACAGUGCUUCCAAGGCUGCGUCGGACACGUUGGCUUACACCAUGGCAACAGAGCUUGGACGGGGUUACGGGGUCACCGUGAACACUGUCGCUCCAGGACCCGUACCGACAGACGGACUGCCCAAGGGUCCAGUGGCUGAUGCUGUGCACAACUUCCUCCUCCCGAUGACGAGGGCUGAAGAGCGAAUGGGAACCGUAGAAGAUAUCGCUGACGUUGUCCUGCUUCUUACUUCGGAGAAGAGUCGAUCGAUCACUGGCCAAUUCAUCUCUGUUUCGGGAGGUAUAACGGGAGGUUGA